AUUUAUUUUGGCCGUUGUUAUGUCACACUUCGCAAGUGAUUUCUUGUCUCCCUUUCUUUACUUUAUUGGGUCUGCUUUACCAACAUUGGAUUUCUAACUCCUCUUCAUCCUCACUCUUCCAUUAUGCUUAUUAUUUUCUAAACUCUCUCAAACUUAUCUUUUGCUUACCUUUAUUUAUCUACCUCUCCUUCAACUCCUCCUCCACCACUACCACUAUCCUUCCCUUUAUAUCUCUUCUGUCUUUGAUCAUCAUCAUCAUCAUCAUCAUCAUGACUCACCCCUUUUGCUCCAACGACUUCAAUGCUUGGUUUGACCUCAAUUCUCCAUUUUCUUCAUCACCUCCAUUCUAUUUUCCUUCUGCUUUUCAUCACAAUCAAUCUUCUCCUUCUCCUUCUCCCCCCAAAGAAGCUCUUCCUUUCCUUAACCUAAGCCUUGCAAGGGGUGGUGAAGAUCUUGAAUCUUCCUUCAGUGCCAUGAAAGUCAACAGAGAGAAGGAGAGAGAAGCAAGCAUAUCGUCUAAUAAUAAUAAUAACUCUUUGGAUGAUGAAACUGUCACGGUGGCUUUGCACUUAGGGCUUCCAACCAUUCCAACCACUACUGCUUCUGCUGAUUCAACUUCAAACACAUACUCAGACAGAGAAAAAGCCAUUGCUUCUGAGUAUUCUCCUACUAGAAUUAACAAGGGUCAGUAUUGGAUUCCUACUCCUGCUCAAAUUCUCAUCGGUCCAACACAGUUCUCCUGCCCCCUUUGUUUCAAGACUUUCAACAGAUACAACAACAUGCAGAUGCAUAUGUGGGGGCAUGGAUCUCAAUAUAGAAAGGGACCAGAGUCUCUGAGGGGAACUCAACCAACAGCAAUGCUUAGACUCCCUUGCUAUUGUUGUGCACCUGAAUGCAAGAACAACAUUGACCAUCCAAGAGCAAAGCCACUCAAAGACUUUAGAACCCUCCAAACUCAUUACAAGAGAAAGCAUGGAAUCAAGCCCUUCAUGUGUAGAAAAUGCUGCAAAGCUUUUGCUGUUAGAGGUGAUUGGAGGACCCAUGAGAAGAACUGUGGGAAGCUCUGGUAUUGCUCUUGUGGCUCUGAUUUCAAGCACAAAAGAUCCCUCAAAGAUCAUAUCAAGGCUUUUGGGAAUGGACACAAAGCUUAUGGAAUCGACUGUUUUGAUCACGAUGAUGAAGCUGCCUCUGAAAUUGAGCAAGAAAAUGUCAAUGAAUCUUUACUUUCAAUCUGUCACAAUUGAGGAUUCUCAUGCUUUCAACCUCAUAUUAAUUUCUUGACUA